AUCCACAUGCGUUCAACUCCCAUAAUUUACAGUUUAAGUUAAAAAAAAAUCAACAGAACGAAUAGUACAUAGUCUGAAAUGCGCGUUGAAUACGAUAUGAUGUCAUUAGCUCUCUGGAGAGUGGCUCCAGUUUGACGGGAGAGACGUUAUGGAGCAUCUCAUCACGUAGAGGAGGCUUUUCCGGUUCAAGUUUCCUUUGUCAUCAGGAAGUGGCAAAGGCUGGGCUGUUUGUCUGAGCGGUAUCUUCACAGACAAAACACACAACUGGCGAUCAUGAUAAGCAUAUUUGAAGGGCUGAGCUGUUGGAAUGGGAGCACGCCCCUUUAAGAUAAAGUGAAUCUGGUCUCAGCCACCCUUGCAAUGCUGCAGCUGCAAGCCGACAGUAUGGAAGUUGCGGGGGCGGGCGUCUCGAGCCAUAGCCCCCAGAGCGAGGCAGUGACCAGCGAGCUCCAGGAGCUAUCCUUGCAGCCUGCUCCAAACGAGCUGCGGCUGCAGGAACGCAAGAAUGUCCUCCAGCUCAAACUCCAACAGAGACGCACACGAGAGGAGCUGGUCAGUCAAGGGAUCAUGCCACCGCUGAAGAGCCCGGCAGCCUUUCAUGAACAGCGGCGAAGUCUGGAGCGUGCAAGGACUGAAGACUAUCUCAAGAGAAAGAUCCGGAGUCGUCCGGAGCGCUCUGAGCUGGUCAGGAUGCACAUUCUCGAGGAGACAUCAGCAGAGCCCUCCCUGCAGGCCAAACAGCUGCAACUGAAGAGAGCGCGACUGGCCGACGACCUUAACGACAAAAUCUCGCACAGGCCAGGUCCCAUUGAACUGGUGCACAAGAACAUCCUGUCGGUUUGCCCUGAUCAGAACUCACCACCAGAGUCCCCAAAGGGAGCUGGAGGAGAGAGCUCGUCUUUGGAUGAGGACAGCAGUGACGCUCUUUCACCCGACCAGCUUGCCAUUCACGACUCACCUGUGAAUGCUGUCCCGCAGUCGUCGCCCUCAGACGUGCUCACCCAGAAUGGAGACAUGUCCCCCACACAGUUUGUCUCACAGCCCACUCCACAGCCUCUUCCCACUCCCCGGAUGAACGGAUCAGAUUCACCCCUACCCCUGAAAGUGGCAAACGGGACCAUAGCAACCUCCCGCACAUCCUUUGGGCAGCUCAAGUCUCACAGUAAGAUGAGUUCUGACCGUCCUCCACUGAGAUCCAAGAAAGCAAAGGACCACAAACCCAAGGUGAAGAAGUUGAAGUACCACCAGUACAUCCCUCCGGACCAGAAGGCGGACAAGGAGCGUCCACCUUUGAUGGAUUCUUCCUAUGCCAAACUCCUCCAGCAACAGCAGCUCUUCUUGCAGCUGCAGAUUCUCAACCAGCAACAACAGCACUACAACUACCACACAAUCCUGCCCGCACCUCCCAAGCCAGCACCAGAGCAGCCCCUCCCAACGAACCCCAGCCCUUCCCCCACUCGCAAUGUUCCCACGACCACCAACAUCAAUGCAACUCCGACGAGUGGGAAUGCACGUCCAAGCCAAACUUCAGUGGGAGGGGCCAAACCGACCACAUUGCCUGCCAAUCUGGAUGAGUUCAAGGUCGCCGAGUUAAAACAAGAACUUAAAUUGCGAGGUUUGACUGUCUCUGGCACCAAGAAUGAUCUCAUCGAGAGGCUCCGCAACUACCAAGAGCAAAACGGCAGCCUUGUGGCAGUCUCGAAAAAUGGCGCUUUGCAACCCAUCCAGCAGAGUGCAGCCUCUGCAGCUAACACCACUCCAACUGCCGGCACGGACCCACAACAGGCUGAGGGAGGGUUUAAGGUAGCACUAUCCCCACUGGCUCAGGCUUUUCCCGGUCGAGUUAUCCGUUUUGGAAGCACCAGCUCUAGCCCGCCCAUGUCUCCUUCGCCAUCUGAACGCUCGUUAGCAGGGCUGAGUCCAGAUGAGACCAGCUGUAACGGAGACAUGUUUGGAGAGAUGGUGAGUUCUCCCCUGACUCAACUCACCCUCCAUCCCUCUCCUCGGCACCCAUCCAACACCUCCCCUCUUUCACAAACGCUCAACCAACCCAAAGAAGAAGGCCUUAGCUCCUGCAGUCUCCACAGGUCAUCACCUGUCUCAGUUAAGCCCCUGGAGCCUUUCUCUGUGCUAAGCAUGGACUCCUCCUCCAUUGACAAAGACCAGAUGCUGCAGGAGAAGGACAAACAGAUUGAAAAGUUGACCCGUAUGCUGAGGCAGAAGCAGAGGCUGGUGGAGACUCUUAGGUCCCAGCUGGAGUUGGGAAAGAUGGCAGGAGGCGUGGCAUCAGAGCGGGAAGGAAGUGACAAGAGAACUGCAUCUCCAGAUGUUAAAUCUGAGCCACUCGUUAAAGCCUCGGCCAUUGAGUCCCCCGUGCUUCCCAAUGGCCUGGUGAAGGUAAAGCAGGAGAAUGAGGAAGGUAUGACGGGAGUCAUGGAGGAGGCCCAAAGCAAAAGAGUGCUCCAGCCCAUGCAGUGCUCUCAGGAGACUCUGAUCAGACUGCAACAGAUUAAUCGGCUGCAAGUCCAACAACCAGGGCAACCGAAGCAGUCGCAGAAGGUUUCAGAGCCGAAGUCAAGCCCUCAAAAGCAACACGGGCAUAAAAAGGAAUCCCAGAUUCUCCUCCAGCAGCAGCAGCAACUCCAGCAGCUCAUCAUUCACCAGACGCAGCAGAAGCAGCUCAUGGCCCAGCAGAAGUUGGCCCAGCAGAACCAGCUGCAACAGGCUCAAGGGAAGAAGAACCAAACGCAGCACAAGAACCCAAUUCCGCUGAAGCGCGUUCAGGUGCAGAUCCACAACCAGACUGUGGCCACUCAGAAGCCUGAAGCCAACCAAAGCCACCAGAGGAAGCAGCUGAAGGCUCUGCAAAGGCAGCAGCACAGACAGCAGAUGGCCACUGUCGGCACACAGCAGGUGCCACCAGUCUUGAUCAACCAACAGAACAGCACUCAGAUUCACACUCAGGCUAUUUCAUUAGACCUCCUUAAGGCUGGCGGCACACUGGUCACUGACACCAAUGGCAACCACUACUUGAUCGCCCUCACCAGUAACACAGCGGAGGGUCAGAACCGAACACCCUCGGUGGCCAAAAGCAAUGAACGUGUCACGCUGCAGAGACUGCAGUCGUCCCCGAGCAAGCUGCCCAGCACUGACGGCCAAUCACAAGAACAGAAAGACGGGCAGACUCCAAACCAGCCAAUUAAAAAGGGACAGAAAGUGGAGCUUCACGUGGACACCAAUGGCAUCCCCCCGGCUAGCUCGUGUGUCACCGCACCCCCUAACCUGCAGCCCUUCUUCGACGACAUGUCGGACAGCAAAAGCCAAAGCAACCUGAGCUCUUCCUUCAAGGUGCCGUCAACGCGACCGAGAGAGCGGGUGUGUCCGCCCUAUGACCGGCACACUCUGUUUACUCCUCCCUCCCCCAAACCCAGCACCUCUCUUCCUUCAAAGCGCUGUAAAGGGAAUGGCGUCAAUUGUCAGCAGAUGGACGACCUCUUUGACAUCCUUCUCAAGAGUGGAGAAAUCCCUGGUUUUAAGGCCAACCCGGACCCAUCACUCGCCCCUCUGCACUCUGAUCCACCCUCUCCCACUACCCCGUCAUCCCCUCUCCACCUCUCCCCUCCCACCCCCACUUCUCCUCUCAUCUCCCCUCCAGCCCCCCCAGGAGAGCCCGGCACAGGCGGUGGUCGCCUGGAGGACUUCCUGGAGAGCUCCACGCUGCUCGGCGUCGAGCCUGGCGGUGGCCUGACUCUCAUGGACGACCUCCAUAGCCAAAUGCUGAGCGGUUCUGGCAUCUUGGACCACCCGUCCUCCCCAAUGGACACAUCUGACCUGGGCUUUUCCACCCACUCGCCGGAGCUGGGGUUGCUCGACGUGGCUCUGGACAGUAUGGACUGGCUGGACAUCUCCAUGGUGGGGAACUCCAGCGGCAGGAGCGGCACGGGGGUAGGAGGAGGAGGAGGGGACGGGGGGACGAGCCUGACCCCCCUGGCGCCGCACACACCACCGAGCGUCUUCUCUGCUGACUUCCUGGACAGCACAGACCUGCAGCUGCACUUGGAAUCGUGUCUGUAGCCUCAGACGACGGCGCGCUGCGCUCAGGCUCCACCUUGAUACCUUCUCUAUGCUGUCUCUUAUCACUGCUGGGCUAUCUGGCACACGCAUAUGGAAAACCGUUUGACAAUUUAUUCAAUAUCCUUGACAUCCAUCUGAAGGUCAUUGUACUAGUCUCCACUUUGUCCUCAGUUGUAAAACAAUUCAGUGCACUAAUAACAAUUUUUCCCACUACUAGUACCACUUUUGACCAUUGAGUAUGGGCAUUGAUUAAUCCAUACUUGUUAAGUACACUGUUGCAAUGGUAAUACCACUAGCACCAAAUAGAUGGCAUGUGUCAUUUACUAGUAGCUUCCUGGAAUUUACUAAUAUCACCAAAAUGCCCACGAGCAGUUUUUCCUCUCUAAUAACGUGUCGUUAUCCCACUGGCCAGUUGCCAAAUUUGUUCUAAUAGCGAAGCUAUUUCAUACAGUUGUGGGGAAGAGGCUGCAAGCAAGAUAGAAGCAUUCUACUAGUGCGGCCGAGUCGUUGCAUUGUGCAGAAAUGUCUUACAAGUAGUGGGGGAAAAAAAUGUUUCAAGUUAGUUGUUCCGUUAGUGUGCUCAAUUGUCUUACUGGUGAGGACAAAGAGUGUACGAGUACAGUGAGCAAGGAUCUUGAAUAAAUGUUCAACCGGCGUUGCAUACGAGCACACAUACACACGCAGCCCUUUCUAUUACUGGCUUUAAUAUGCACUAUGAGUUGGACUUCAAGCAAGUUAUUGUAUUUCACUGAAGAUCCAUCAGCAUUUCCCGCUGUAGGUGACGCAGUCAUUUCAAAGAAACGGUUACCCAUCAGACGUACGAUCAGAUGGACGUGUGUGAAGUGCGUGUGUGUCAGUGCCUCCUAAACUUUGCACUUGUCAGAUUGGUUGAAGGGGGGGGGGGCGCUCAGGUCAGCAGACGAAUGUCGGGCGAAGCCCCCUUUUGUUACGUGACUGGUCAGCUAAGGUUGGCGGGGGGGGGGGGGGCAUCAGUGGCCCCCCCUACAUCACCAGAGCAACCUGAAGCCCACCCACGCCAGUCAAAGCAAAACACGCACAACCGUCACUGGUUGUCAGUUGCUGUUGAAAUGAACCUUAUCAGUGGCGACAGGUUUAAUUGAAGCCUCGUUAAGAGGUUGCGUAUUAUUGGUAACAUUAUGGUAGACCACUAUGUAUUGCUGUAUAUGGGGUGUAUAUUAUCAAUUGUUCAUAUGGCUAUUUUUUUUUCUUAUCUGGUCCUUUAGUUGAGCUUGCCAGCUGGGGGUAAUGGGGUGAUGGCGGGGCCUCCAAACACUUGGACCUUGUCUUUUUUUUUCUAAGAAUAAAGAAAAAAAGCUAUGAAAAGUCUUGUCUAAAUUAUUAAUUUAGCUUAACAAGCUGACUAUUGCAGGGCAGAGGUGGUUUUUAAAGUAAGAUGAACAAUGGUACUGUGCAUUAAGCAUUUGAUUAAAUAGCAUUCAUAUUAUUAAUUAUAGUUAGUCAUAAUUUAGGGCAGCACAGUGGGGAAACUUGUAAGAGCGUUUGCAUCACGGUUUGGAGGACCGGAGUUCAAAUCCCACCCCCACCUGUGUGGAGUUUGCAUGUUCUCCGUGUAGCUGUGUGGGUUUUCUCCGGGCACUCCGUUUUCCUCCCACAUCCCAGAAAUGUUCAUUAAUUGAAGACUAAAUUGCCUGUAGGUGUGAUUGUGAAUGCGUCUAGUUGUUCGACACUAUGUGCCCUGCGACUGGCUGGCAACCAGUCCAGGGUGUACCCUGCCUCCGGCCCGUUGAGAGAUGGAAUAGGCUGCAGCACCACUGGGGCCCUCCACUCCCUCAGAAGGGUUGCUGGGGGCCUCCACUCCCUCAGAAGGGUUGCGUCAGGAAGGGCAUCCGGCGUAAAAAUUGUGCCAAACAUAUAUGUGCGUUCAUCUGGGAUGACACGCUGUGGCGACCCCGAAAGGGACAAGCCGAAAGAAACUUCCUUACUCCUGUAACCUUUGUGUGGAUAAGGGGCUAAGAAAAAGAAUGGAUGGAUGAGUUGUAAUUUACAGAUUCCCAAAACUACUGUAUUUCACAUUUGACCCCAUCUACAGAUGACCCAGUGUACUCCUCAACCCCUUGUUAAAAUGUAAAAAUAGACCUUUGGUGCUUAAGUUUGCCCAUCCCUGCCUACGUGUGGUCCUCACCUUACGAAUGAGUUUCUACGUAAAUUGGAACGUGCCGUCAUCUUAUCAGAACAAAGUCUUCACGCAGAGGCGAAUAAUAAUCACAGAAGAUGGCGAAACCUGAUAAUCGCCACAAGGGGGCGCCGUGAAACAAAUUGCUAAUUUAAAUGAAAAUCUAUAACGAAACAACACUCAUACUCAGACCAGCAUCUUUAUAUGAAGUAAUCGUGUACAGUAAGAAUUAAUGUCCUAGCUUGAAAUCUUUUGUAUUCAGUUUGUAUUUUUGUACUUGUAUUUUAUAUUCACAUGUUACUGGAGGACGAGAGUGACUUGAACGCCAGGUGCACUCAUUUUUUUAAGUUUUUCUAACGAUGCUUGACGGGGCUCGAAGUCUGAAAAGUACUGGAAACGCUAAUGUGGCAUCAACAAAUUACAGUGUCACAACUUCAGCAGCAUCUCUUCCGCCUCAGAAGAGCUCGGGGACGGAAGCAACAAAAACAAAAGGCUCCAUUGGACCCUGGUGACUGGCGGUCUUUUCGAAGUUUUCAGUCCUCAAGUCUCUCUCUC